AGGUGGGGAGUGAGAGACCCCAUCGUGUUUUGACCCCCUAAACAACUCCCAGUCUCCGUCGCUCUCUCUCUCUCUCUCUCUCUCUGGUUUAAAGCUCCAUCGCUCAUUGUGGAGAGACUCAUUUGAGCCCGACGCGUCGCUUCAUGGACAUCGAUAGAACGGAUAGGACGCGACAUCAUCUCGGACGCACCGCUAACGUUGGAUACUCGGCCCGGUCCACGCUGCUGCUGCUACACUCUUACUAAGUUGUGGAGAGUGUCUCAUCAGCCGGUGCGGUGUGUGUUGUCUUCCGUAAGUGAGAGUGUGAACUCGGCUUCCGUAUCGCAUGGAGAAGAGGUAUGAGGAGUUGGUGCAGUACCCAGGCUCUGACAUCAUGCCUGUGGGAGGUUACGGGGACGCCAUGAGGUCACUACCUCCGCCACACUAUGGCCACACUGUGCCUGACUCGCUCAAACACCACAGGGAUCUGAUCUAUGGUCAUCCUCUGUUUCCACUCCUGGCGCUGGUGUUUGAGAAAUGUGAACUUGCCACCUGCUCGCCACGAGACUCCGCCUCCAUGUCAAACCUUUCCCACCUUACCGGCAUGACCAAUCACAGCGACGUCUGCUCCUCUGAAUCAUUCAAUGAUGACAUCGCAGCCUUCGCCAAACAAAUUCGAUCUGAGAAACCCAUCUUUUCAUCAAAUCCAGAACUGGAUAAUCUGAUGAUCCAGGCCAUUCAAGUACUACGGUUUCAUCUAUUAGAGCUAGAAAAGGUUCAUGACCUCUGUGAUAAUUUCUGUCACCGCUACAUCACGUGCCUGAAGGGCAAGAUGCCCACUGAUUUAGUGCUGGAAGACAGAGAGGGCGGAUCCAAAUUGAACAUGGAGGAUUUCACUGGUUCUUGCACAAAUCUGUCAGAACAAAAUCCGUCUUGGUUGCGAGACCCGGAUGACUGUGUGUCGACCCCCUCAGGCACCCCCAGCGCAUCCUGUGGUCUCACGUCACAUAGCAUAGAGAACUGCAGCGAUGCAGGUGAUGGAUUGGACGGAAGUGUGGCAUCUCCAAGCACAGGAGAAGAAGACGAAACGGACAGAGAUAGACGAAACAACAAGAAAAGAGGGAUUUUUCCCAAAGUUGCAACAAACAUUAUGAGAGCUUGGCUCUUCCAGCACCUAUCGCAUCCAUACCCCUCUGAAGAACAGAAAAAACAGCUCUCCCAAGACACAGGUCUCACCAUACUGCAGGUCAACAACUGGUUUAUAAAUGCCAGGCGCAGAAUAGUCCAGCCAAUGAUCGACCAAACAAAUCACUCAGGCCAGGGUGCUCCGUACAGUCCAGAGGGGGCGGCUCUUGGAGGUUAUGGCUUAGAUGCUCAGUCUCAUUUAGGUCUUAGGACAUCAGGUCUUCAGGGAAUGCUGUCUCUGCCCACAGAUUACCCCGGAGCCCUUCUGGCCCAGCCAGGGUAUUCCCACCCGGGGCCGUCCCUGCACCCAUACCCUGGCCCCCACACUACCAUGCUGCUCCACCCACCACCCCACGCCCACCCUGCUGAACCCCUCAUAGCACAAGGCCUUGACAUACAUGCCCACUGAGACCAGAGCAGGGCAGAGAAGGUGCUGAAAGUGGGCCGGAGCGGUAUAUUGUAAAUUGACUUUGCAGUACCUGCAGAGCCUGUCACCCUCAGCAAACUUUCAGGGCUCCAGCCCGGUGGACACAAUGACUCUGAGAAUGUCUUAAAUGCAAUGACGUGUACGAAAAUGUCCUUUUUAUGCACUCAAUUCUGUGCAACGUGACUGUAUGCAAAGCCUGAAAGACUUGUUACAUUCCUUAGCCAUUUAUCGGCAUUUAUUGCUAAUUAACUCUUCCUCACAAUGAUUUAAAUGGAUGAAUCUCAUGAAGAACUUGUCCAGGUCAUUUUUCAGUCCAAAAUCAACAGAACAAAAUGAGAAAUUAUAUUUUGCAAGAAAAUUAAGGCUAUUUUUAGGACCUGCAUGAGUUUUUGCAUUGUGACAUCGGUUUUAUUGGUAAAAAUGUCCUUAAAAAAAUGAUUGCUGUAAAACAAUGUUUCGUACUUUUUAAAUGGACUUCACAAUUUUAUAUCUUUUUUUUUUUCUUUCUUUCUUUGCAUUAGAGGGAGUUUUAAAUGGGCUUAAUGCCACAGUGGUCUUAAAGAAGGCUUCAUUUUCUUCAUGCAAAAUAUAAUUUCUUAUUUUUUCAUUAUUUCUUGGCAGUUUUAGUGAGAUUCUCCCAGAUGCACUGUACUGAAGACAUUGAUCAUCUAGUCUUAGCUGCAACAUUGCUAUGUUCGACUGAAUAUACACAAGUCUUCCUAUGGCCUUGGGGUGAGCAGACAUCUCCCUGACUCUAACGUUAAGGCCUUCAUCAUAGCCUUUCUUGCCUUGACUCAGAAAACCCUCCUGAGGAGCAUAAACUGAAGACAGCGUAUACCUCCUCGGUCAGGACUCUCAAGAAGUCCUGAAAAAGUCUUCUGAGAUGAAUGAUUACACCAAAUCCUCAUAAUUUAACUGGGUGAAUAUCAGGAAACCAUUCAAGAACAUGUCCGGGUCAUAUUUCACCCCAAAAUCAUUGUGACGUUAUUUUCACAACAAUUAAGUACAUUUCUGCAAAGAAUAUCAUCCUCACAACUCUAAUGUGACAAAUAUUAUUAAAUUAGAAGUCAUUUAAAUGGUAAAGUAUUAAUUUAUCAUGGGGGUAUUUGUUGUUCUGCCUUUGAAUUGUACUGAUUUAAAUAAUAAUAAAAAAAAUAUAAAAAUUACUUUGAGGCUAAUGAGAAUAAUCACUGAUAAUAUCGAGAAUUACAAUAAAUAAAUAAAACUUUCAGAUGCAUUAUGCUAAUGAGAAUUAAGAGGUGCUUAAUUGUCAUGAAAAUAAUGUCACAAUGAUCUCACAAAUAGUCUCAAUUUUCAGUAAACAAAUGUAACUAUUUUUCUUUAGAUUUUGUGGCGAAAUGUGACCCAGACAUGUUUUCAUGAGAUUCACUGCUAAACUUUUGAACACGGUCAAUAAAAUGUAGAAAGUUGA